AGCAAUUGUUCUAUCUGCUCCAGUGUUUCAGGCGCAGCAGAAAACUUUGCCUCCCUCCUUUUUUUCUUAAAUUUGCACCCUUGCAGCCACUCUCGACAGUCAACAUGUCGCUCAUAACCAAGAAGAAGUACUCAGUGGUGUCCUCCAGUAGUGGCCCCCGCAACUUCAGCAGCAUGUCCUACUCAGGUCCCGGCCAGAAUCUUUCCAGGCAGAGCUACAGCGUCCGCAGCUCCUACGGCACCGGCAGCCGGCCUGGUGUGGGACUCGGCACCGGCUUCGUCUCCAGCACCUCAAGCUACAACCUGGGCUCAGCUAUGCCUCCUGUCACCCCCAUUACUGCUGUUCACGUCAACAAGAGCCUGCUGGCCCCCCUCAAUCUGGAAAUCGAUCCCAACAUCCAGGUCGUCCGCACUCAGGAGAAGGAGCAGAUCAAGUCCCUCAACAAUCGCUUCGCUUCCUUCAUCGAUAAGGUGCGGUUCCUGGAGCAGCAGAACAAGAUGCUGGAGACCAAGUGGAGCCUCCUUCAGGAGCAGACCACCACCCGGUCCAACAUUGACGCCAUGUUUGAGGCCUACAUCGGCAACUUGCGUAGGCAGCUCGAUAGCCUGGCCAACGACAAGAUGAAGCUUGAGGCCGACCUGCAUAACAUGCAGGGGCUAGUGGAGGACUUCAAGAACAAAUACGAAGAUGAAAUCAACAAGCGCACUGAAUGUGAAAAUGAUUUUGUACUCAUCAAGAAGGAUGUGGACGAGGCCUACAUGAAUAAGGUGGAGCUGGAAGCCAAGCUGGAGAGCCUCACCGAUGAGAUCAACUUCCUAAGGCAGAUCUACGAAGAGGAGCUGCGUGAGCUGCAGAGUCAGAUCAAGGACACCUCAGUGGUGGUGGAGAUGGAUAACAGCCGCAACCUGGACAUGGAUGCCAUCGUGGCUGAAGUGCGCGCCCAGUAUGAAGAUAUCGCCAACCGCAGCCGUGCAGAGGCUGAGACAUGGUACAAGACCAAGUAUGAAGAGAUGCAGACCUCUGCUAGCAGGUAUGGGGAUGACCUGAGAUCCACCAAGACAGAGAUUGCUGACCUUAACCGCAUGAUUCAGAGGCUGCAGUCCGAGAUUGACUCCAUCAAAGGCCAGCGUGCCAAUCUGGAGAACCAGAUUGCAGAGGCUGAGGAGCGUGGAGAGAUGGCAGUCAGGGAUGCUAGGGCUCGCAUCAAGGACUUGGAAAAUGCGCUGCAGAAAGCCAAGCAAGACAUGGCACACCAGAUCAGGGAGUACCAAGACCUGAUGAAUGUCAAGCUGGCUCUGGAUAUUGAGAUCGCCACCUACAGGAAGUUGCUGGAAGGAGAGGAAGACAGGCUGGCGAGUGGUAUUAAGUCUAUCAACAUCUCCAAACAGAGCUAUGGUCCGAGCUAUAGUUCCUUCCCUAUGGAGAGUGCCAGCAGCGCCUACAGCAGCUACUCCUCGAGCAGCUACGGCGGAGGCUACGGCGGAGGCUACGGCGGAAGCUACAGCGGAGGCUACGGCACAGGCUAUGGGGCCAGCGACAUCUCCCAGAGCAAGAAGAGCAUGGUGAUCAAGAUGAUCGAGACCAAAGACGGCAAGGUGGUGUCAGAGAGUUCGGAGGUGAUCCAAGACUAAGCGCUCCUCUAUGCAGCUGCCUCUGCCUUCCAGCCUUCACUAUCACACCUCAUCUCCCAAAACAGAAGGAGUUCAAUAAAGCAAUAACCAAAAAGUCUUAGAAGAACCAAAGCCUUUACCCUUACUAUGCACCAAAACACCUUACCUGUACUACACAAGCAAUACGCAAAUCUCAGAACUAUCCACAUUCCAGGGUUCUCCUAUUGGCUACAGACUGCUUGUAAUGCACAUGGAAUUAGUCAGCCUCACUGUUAUGCUUCCCAGUGUGUACUAACUCCUGUCCGUGUGUGCGGCCCACCCACCGUGCAGCACACAUCCACAGUCUCUGUAUGGCCAUGGACUCUGAAUUCCAGCCCACAGUCUCCCAUUCUUUAUGGUGCUGUGUUUUGCUACCAAAACAAUAAAACAUUUACUGUUACACCGAGAA